AUGAUGGCCAGCGCUGUGCAUCGUCAUUCCGUCGUCUCCUCGCGUCGAGGAGGCGCUCGUCUCGGUAGUCGCGCGCGCGCUCCUCGCGCGGCGAAGCGCGCGUCCGUCGCACGCGCGGCGUUCGAGGUCGGGGAGGGGCCGCGACUGCCGCGAUCGCCUCGCGAGCAAGCGAAGCAAGCCGCGGAGGCGGUCGCGCGCGCCGCCGCGAGCGGGAAGAAGUUCUUCUCGAUCGAGUUCUCGCUCCCGCUCAUCGGCGCGACGGACCUCGACGACUGGCCGGGGGGGGUCAGGCAGCAAUACCAAGCGGUCGCGCCCAUGGUGGGAGAGUUCCUGAAGAGGGUAGGCGGGGACGACAACGCGGACGUGAAACAGCAAGUCAUAGACGACUCGGACGCGGUCGUCGUGCUGAAGACCCCCGCGGCGAAGGCGAUGGUGUUCCUCACCGCGGAGACGCUCCCAGAGCUGAAGAAGCUCGCCGCGGCGGAGGAGAAGACGGGCGGAACUCUCGCGAUCGUGAACUCGCAGAUCAUGAACGGCGAAGGGAGCAACUUGAUCUCAGACCUCGGCAUCGGACCGUGGAAGAAGAAAAACGAGGACUUCCUCGCGACGUUCGAGCAAGCGUACUGGAUCUCUGAGCAGCGGAUACAAGGCGAGACGAUUCGUCUGCUGAAGAGUUAUCCGUACCCGUGGUCGCUGUACGUCCUGACGGACAUGAACGCGAACGACACGGAGCCGAAGUUCAUUCAGACGUUCGACGAGAAGCCGUCGUACAAGGAGUUGGAGGCGAUUCUCAUGAAGCGCGAGGGUUCCGUCGCGGCGAUGAGCAUCAUCGACAGGGUGAAACGCGAGGCGACGUUCAACGCGACGUCGGUGAGUCAAAAACCGAACAACCAGUCGAUGGACGAAGGGGACUUUUGAUCGCACGCUCGUCGUGUUGUAAUGCUAGCUUCUAUUACUUAUCACUCACCGCC